CAGCAACCAUUCUGCCUCUUCUCUUCUGCAGCACCAGGGCCUGCCGGCUAUUAUCUACUAUUAUAGGUAGUAUGACGGCACGACCACUUGCUUUCUCCAUCUUUUCACCUUGACUGAUCAAUCAUUCAUUGGAAUAGUUCUAGACCUCAAGGGACUGCCACCCGGGUUGGGUCCUCAUGACCAGCAGUCCAAUGAUGGAGAGCAAAUACAAGACAACUGCCAAGGAAUGUGUGGCCCUAGAUGAGAACAGACGCGAGUCGUACAUGACCGUGGAACAUCCACUGUCACCGACUUCCACCAAUUCCGAUAGCAUAUCCAUUUUCUCGAGACCAUCACGAGAAAUAUACCCCCGGCACAGUCGAGACUCCAGAGACCGUGCUCUUCACCAUGAUUCGUCGAGAGCUUCAUCGACCAAUGCUGUGGGAGGUGUGGUUGCCACCAUGGAGCGAACCUGGACUCAAGGCACUGCUGGCACCACUGGCACCCAGGAUUUGGCCUUCGAAGUGGACUUUGAAGAGGACGACACAUCAAAUCCUCGAAAUUGGUCGCUCCUCUACAAAGCCUUCGUGAUCCUGGUCUUCAGUGUUAGCACCACAACUACUGUCCUCUUCUCGACGUCCUAUACGAGCGCAAUACCUGGCAUGGUUGCCGAAUUCCAUUUGACAGAAAGCGAGGGUAUUUCGGGUGUCACCACGUAUCUGCUUGGCAUGGCCACCGGCAGUGUCGUUCUCGCGCCAUUGAGUGAGAUGUAUGGGAGGAGGCCCAUCUACCUGAUCACCAUGGCACUGUUUGCGAUCCUCGCUGUGCCAUGCGCAGUCGCACAGAAUAUUGGCACAAUCCUGGCAGCGAGAUUCUUCGUUGCUUUCUGUGCCGCCGCCAUGAUCAGCAAUGCGCCCGGCACCGUCAACGACAUAGUGGACGAGGACAACAGAGCCCUGGCAUUCUCGGUCUGGAGUAUAGGCCCAAUGAAUGGGCCCGUGAUAGGUCCUCUUGUCGGUGGUUUUGUUUUCCAGUAUCUAGGCUGGAGAUGGACGAACUGGGUCGUGGUCAUCGCCGGCGGUGUCGCGUGGAUAGCCGUCGCCAUCGUGCCUGAGACGUACACACCUUCAUUAUUACGAAAGAAGGCAGCAAAGCGUAGAAAAGACACGGGAAACGAUAAGUACUGGAGUCGGUACGACGACAAGCUCAGCUUCUUACCCUUGCUGAAGGUCAACCUCACCAGACCUUUUGUCUUGGCGGUCACGGAACCAAUCUGCAUCUUUUGGGAUGUCUAUAUCGCACUCGUUUACGGCAUCCUCUACAUGUGCUUCGUGGCAUAUCCCAUUGUAUUUCGCGACCUCCGAGGCUGGAACCCCAGUUUCACGGGCCUUUCUUUCCUUGGCACAGGCGUCGGGUCGAUGAUUGUGAUUGUAUGCGAGCCCCUCCUUCGCCGUAUGAUCAACGCCCACAAGCACGAUCCGGAGACUGGUCGCCCUUUCCCAGAAGCCAUGGUCAGCGUCGUAUGUAUUGCUUCAAUUCUCGUCCCCAUCGGUCAAAUCAUCUUUUCCUGGACCUGCACGCCCGACAAAGCUCAUUGGGUGGUGCCCAUCUUAGCUGGGAUCCCCUUUGGAGCGGGAAAUGCUGGAGUCUUCAUCUAUGCCUCCAACUACCUGGUGCAGAGUUAUGACAUAUAUGCCGCAUCUGCAUUGGCCGGCAAUGCAGUUCUCCGAUCCGUCAUGGGAGCCACGCUGCCUCUGGCGGGACCCUCGCUCUAUUCCACACUGGGGCCCAACUGGGCCGGAACGCUUCUCGGUUUGCUGGAAGUGGUGUGCAUUCCCAUACCAUUCGUAUUCUACUACUACGGACAUAGAAUCAGGGAGAAGUCUGUGUUGAUUAAAGAAAUGGCAGAAGAGCAACGCCAGCGAGACGCAAAGCAGAAACGGGCAGCUGACAGGCUGGCGAGGCGUAAGGAGGCAGAAGCUCAUGCGGGUGCGGCGGCCAAGGAGACCAAGGCCGGACUGGAGAAAGACAUUGAAAAAGGAUUCGAUUGCGGGAAGUAGUUGGGCUUACUGACUGUCCAGAGGAUAGAGGUGAACGAGAGCAUUACAUGGGACAGUUUGGGCACAGUAGAACGGGGACAGAAAACAUCACCAAAUACAGGCUAAUGACCAGAUUAUG